GAGACUAUUUAUACUCUUGAAAAAUAUCGUAUUUACUAUUUUCGGUGUUAAAAAUUGCCCAAUUUGUGUAACAACGCCGUUGCCUUUCUCUGAGAGGUCAAUUGGCAUGGUAGUUUUCUUCAUAUCGGUAAUUACUAACUAAAUAUGGUUAAAGAUCGUGAUACUAAGCCUUCUGAUUCGGCAGGUGUAUCAGACCGAUCUGACAAUGGUCGCCGUUCAUCUGGUGACCGUCCAGUGAUUGAUCCAGAGUGGAAGAAGGACAUUUUGGAGAAGAAUGCAGACAAGCGUUAUAAGACUGAGGAUGUAACUAAGACAAGGGGUAGUGAGUUUGAGGACUACUUCCUUAAGCGUGAGCUUUUAAUGGGCAUAUUUGAGAAGGGUUUUGAGAAGCCAUCGCCUAUUCAAGAGGAGAGUAUUCCCGUAGCUCUUGCGGGUCACGACAUAUUAGCUCGUGCUAAAAACGGAACGGGCAAAACGGCUGCUUUUGUAAUCCCUCUUUUGGAGAAGCUGAACACUAGCAAUAACCAUAUCCAGGGAUUGAUAUUGCUGCCUACACGUGAGCUUGCUUUACAGACAUCGGCUGUUGUGAAGGAGUUGGGGAAGUACUUAGAUGUCCAAUGUAUGGUAUCCACUGGUGGUACAUCGUUGCGCAAUGAUAUUGUGCGUCUCUACAAGCCUGUACAUGUUUUAUGUGGUACUCCAGGUCGCAUAUUGGAUUUGACAAACAAGAAUGUUGCUGAUUUAUCUAAAUGCCACGUUGUAAUAUUGGAUGAGGCCGACAAGAUGUUAUCUGCUGAAUUCCAGCCAAUAAUUGAGGCUUUAUUACGAUUUUUACCUACUGAAAAGCAGAUGAUUUUAUAUUCUGCUACGUUUCCAAUGUCAGUUCAGAAGUUCAAGGAGUCUUAUUUACCUAAUGCUCAUGAGAUCAACUUGAUGGAUGAGCUUACUCUUAAGGGAAUAACUCAGUAUUAUGCUUAUGUGGAAGAGCGUCAGAAAAUCCAUUGUUUGAGUACUUUAUUCUCUCGUCUUCAAAUUAACCAGGCUAUUAUAUUUUGCAACAGUGUGAGUCGUGUUGAGCUUCUGGCUAAGAAGAUUACUGAAUUAGGUUUCAGUUGUUUUUACAUUCAUGCUCGUAUGUUACAAGCUCACCGCAAUCGUGUUUUCCAUGACUUCCGCAACGGUGCCUGUCGUUGUUUGGUAUCUUCUGAUUUAUUUACUCGUGGUAUUGACUUUCGUUUUGUGAACGUGGUUAUAAAUUUCGACUUCCCUAAGACUUCUGCGACUUACCUUCAUCGCAUUGGCCGUUCAGGUCGUUUUGGUCAUCUUGGUUUGGCCAUUAAUUUGGUGACACUUGCAGACAAGGAGGCACUUUUCAGGAUUGAGGAGGAGCUGGGUACAGAGAUUAAGGCUACUCCGGCCACUAUAGAUCCUGCACUUUACUGUUGAUUUUCAGACUGUUA